AGAAGCUGCACAAAAUUUGUAUUUCUGUGCGCAAGAGCUAGUUCCCUACGUGGAUAACGUCCAUCACUUUAACAUUUUAAAACUUUAAUCGUGUUUAUCUAGCUAGUUAGGAGUUCAUAACCUUACUGGACGAGCCAGUUACAACAACUAACCCAGAGUUGCUAAGGUGAUGGAUGCUCUGUCUGUGGUGAGCCAGCUACGGGACCUGGCCACCGAACCUCAGAACCGGGAGGCCAUAGUCCAGGACCAGGGUUGUCUUCCAGGCCUGGUACUCUUCAUGGGCCACGAAGACACUCAAGUGCUGUUUGCCACACUGCAGACCUUGCGCUACCUAGCCGAAUCCCAUCAAAACAUCCCCAUGAUGAAGAAUGAACUUGGGAUGAUGGUGAGCUUAGAAGACCUGAUAGACAGGAAUGGGUUGUCGGUUGACGUUAGCGCCCUGGCGAAGGAGGUGUAUGGCAUUCUGAAAGCACCACCCCCCCGCUCCCCGGAGAGAGGGAGGAGGAAUAAGUCCCAGUUCUUUCUCAACUCCUCUAACAAGAAGGCCAAGUCUGUCACGCUGCACAUCCAGGGACUAGACAGCACCGACCAGAGAGGUAUGUGUGAGCAGGCUCUCCUCAAGGUCAAGGGGGUCAUCAGCUUCACCUUCCAGAUGGCCUCCAAGAGAUGCACCGUCCGCAUCCGCUCAGACCUGCCUACCGAGAGCCUGGCGUCAGCUAUUGCUGCCACGCAGGUGCUGUCAGCCCAGCAGGUUGUGAAGAACGAAGCCGGAGAAGAGGUCUUGCUGCCCAUCAGCUCAUGUGGAGUGGAGGUCCAGGAGAACGGGGCCCUGCCCGACUACCUCCCCGAGGAGGAGAGCCCCGAGAGGGACGCGGACCGCGCCGUCUCCCGCACCACCGCCAAGGACGACGCCAGCGGGAGCUGGCUGAACGCCGCCGCCGGCUUCCUCACCAAGACCUUCUACUGGUGAGAGGGGAGAGGGCAGCUCCAGAGCUGGGGAGAGGGCAGCUCCAGAGCUGGGGAGAGGGCAGCUCCAGAGCUGGGGAGAGGGCAGCUCCAGAGCUGGGGAGAGGGCAGCUCCAGACCUGGGGAGAAGGCAGCUCCAGAGCUGGGGAGAGGGCAGCUCCGGAGCUGCCACCAGACAGACUUGACCACCAGAGGCCGUGUUUGAACAGGCAUCCUUUCCUAGCUCCGCUGAAUCUCGAAUCGGACGUGACUGGAUGGGUGAACGCAUUAGCUUGUAUUUACCAUUGCCUACCCAGUUAGGUCACUUGUCAGACUUGCCUGGAUGGGAGGGCAUGUUGACCAGGGCCAGCGCUGUGUGUGGAUGUGCUGAAGGGUAACGCUAUAUGUAGUGGUAGAAGCCCACCCACUGCUGAAGAGAAAAGGCUGGUCAAUCUGUUCUUGUGAUGCUUGUUCCUGUCCUGUUUGUGAAUGUACAUAUUUCUUUUUAUAUUUUUCCUUGUCAGAAUUUCCUGUUUUUACAUAUGUUACAGUGCUUCACACUGCUGUAUGCUUUGUAUUCACUUUUGAAUCCAUUUUCCAUUUCAAUGUA